ACAAUUUAACUAAAAGCAAACGCAUACGCAAGAGAGAAACGAGAUGGAUCUCCAAUCGCUAUCGAACCUCUUCGCGUCGACGUUCAGCGGCGACCCGAACGUCCAGAAGGCGAGCGAGCUUCAGAUCCGCAAGCUCGGCCGCGAGGAGGGCAUGAUCACCGCCUGCCUCCAGAUCAUCGCGAGCAACGAGGUCGACCUGACCGUGCGCCAGGCGUGCGCCGUGUACCUCAAGAACCGGAUCCACACCUCGUGGACAAUCGACGCGGCGCGCGCGCGCCCCGAGCAGGUGCCCAUCCCGCCGUCGGACCGCGAGGCGUGCAAGCGCGCGGUGCUGCGCCUCCUCGCGGGCGCGCCGUCGUCGCGCGUGCGCGCGCAGCUCGCGAGCGCGCUCAAGGACCUUGUCUCGGCCGAGUUCCCGGCGCAGUGGCCGGCGCUGCUUGAUGAGGUCAAGGCGCUGCUCGCGAGCGGGGACGUGCAGGAGGUCAGCGCGGGCUGUGUGGCGUGUUUGGAGGUUAUUAGGGCGUUCCGGUUCCGCCAGAAGAACGACAUCAUGCCCGGGAUCGUGGCCACGAUUCUGCCGACGCUCGUGGGGAUCGCGACGCAGCUGCUCACGCAGCCGCCGACGGCGGCGUCGUCGAACGAGAUCCCGUUCAUGCUGCACACGAUCCUCAAGACAUACAAGACGUCGCUCAUCGUGAACCUGUCCCCACACCAGCAGAGCGCCGAGUCGCUCGUCCCCUGGGGCCGCCUCUUCUUCCAGGUGAUCAACCUCCAGAUCCCAGCGGACGCGGUGCCCGCCGACGAGGAGGACCGGGAGAAGUGCGAGUGGUGGAAGGCGAAAAAGUGGGCGUAUGGCACGCUGGGUCGGCUGUUCCACCGAUACGGAAACCCGUCGCAGCUGCCGUCCCCGCGCCAGAAGGAGUAUGGCAACUUCGCGGACCACUUUGCGCGCUCGUUCGCGCCUGAGAUUUUGAGCGUGUAUCUCCGCCAGGUCGAGCUGUUCGUCAGCGGCCAGGCGUGGCUCUCCCGCAAGUGCCAGUACCAGAUCUUCUCGUACUUCACCGAGUGUAUCAAGCCCAAGAGCACGUGGGUGCUGCUCAAGCCGCACGCGCAGGACCUCGUUGAGAAGUUUGUCUUCCCCCAUCUCACUUUCGAUACGAACAAGCAGAACAUGUGGGAGAGCGACCCCGUUGAUUAUGUCCGCACGACCGUCGACGAGUACGAGGACUUCUCGAGCCCCGUGUCGGGCGCGACGUCCUUCCUGCUCUCGCUCGCGUCAAAUCGGACCAAGACGACGUUCCUGCCGAUCCUCUCCUUCGUCAACUCCGUGCUUGGCUCGAACGCGGCUCCGCCGCAGCGCUUUGGUGCGCUGAACAUGAUUGCGGUUCUUGGGCCGUUUAUCAUGCGCCAUCCGGAGGUGAAGGAUAAUAUGGAGCAGUUCAUGCUCAACCAUGUUCUGCAGGAGUUUCAGGCGCAGGAGCCGUACCUCCGCUCGAUCGCAUGCGAGGUUGUGGGCACGGUGGUGAAGAACGGUAUUACGUGGUCGAACGAGGAGAAUCUGCUCAAGUUCUCGCGUGGUGUCGCUGGGGCGUUGAACGACCCGGAGAUGCCGGUGCGCGUUCAGGCGGCGCUGGCUCUGACUGAGCUGAUUGUUGUUAAUGAGAGCGUGCGGACGGCUGUCGCUCCCGAGGUUGCGAAGGUUAUUCAGGAUCUGCUCAAGCUCUCGGACGAGACGGAUCUCGAUAUCCUGAACCACUCGAUGGAGACGAUGGUCGACCAUUUCCAGACUGAGUUGCUGCCCGUUGCGACGCAGCUCACCGCACGCCUUUGCGAAUCGUACAUGCGUCUGGCGCGCGAGACUAUCGCCCAGGGCACCGACGAUCUCCCCGAGAACAUCGACGUGGACAACCUCGAGAGCGAUGCGGAGGACGACAAGGUGUACGCUGCGAUGGGUGUCGCCAAGACGAUCUGCACGGUCGUGACGGCGGCCGAGUCCUCCCCUGAGCUGCUUGCGCAGAUCCAGGAGGUGGUCAUUCCGAUCAUCCGGUUCACGCUUGAGAAGAAGCUUCUUUACCUCUUCGACAAUAUGUAUGAGCUCGUGGAUAGUCUCACUUUCAGGCUGCAUAGCAUUACCCAGAACAUGUGGCCUAUCUUUGAGUUGACGUACUCGCUCUUCAAGGGUGAAGCUGUUGACUUCCUCGAUGAGAUGCUUCCGUCGCUGGAUAACUUCGUCUCAUACGGCGGCGACAUGUUCAAGGCGCGCGCCGACUACCGCCAGAAGGCGGUCGACAUCUACUGCACGUCGCUCAAGAGCGAUGCGCUCGGUGAGAAUGAUCGUGUCAAUGGAUGCAAGCUCGCCGAGUCGCUCCUGCUUAACCUUCGUGGUCACAUGGACGACCUCCUGUCGGACAUCGUCUCGACCGCACUCGACCACUUUGAGCGCGAAGAGACACGCGCCUUCCGGCUCGCUAACCUCGAGACGCUCAUCAACGCGGUCCUGUACAAUGCCCCUGCGGCGCUGCACUACAUCGAAGCGCGCCGGCCCGGCCUUUCGCGCACGUUCUUCGAUGCCUGGUUCAAGGCCAUAAACUCCGACAAUGGCCUGCCGCGCGUGCACGACAAGAAGUUGAGCGUUCUCGCGCUCUGCGCGCUUAUGGAAGUCGAGAGCUCGCAGGUACCUGAGAACCUCAGGGACGGCUGGCCGGCGAUUGUCGGCGGAGCGCUGAAGAUCUUUAGGAGCCUUCCCAAGGCUGUGUCCAAGCGCAAGGAGCUGGAGACGUCGCUUUCGGAAUACGAGUCCGAUGACGACGAUGACGACGCCAACAUUCUGAAUCUCGAGGGUGCCGAAGACGAGGACGUGUGGGACGAGGACUCGGCGUACCUCGAGAUGCUCGCCAACGAGGGCGCUCGUCUACGCGAAAAGUCGGAGAAGCUCGAGAAAGGCGAGGACGUGUCGGAUUCGGAGAGCGUCGAGAGCGAUAUCGAGGAGGAGCUCGGGUUCUUUAGCCCGCUGGACCAGGUCAAUCCGUACACGUCGUUCAAGCAGGCUCUCGCCACGUUCCAGUCGCAGAACGGCGUCCUGCACGGUGCCUCGAUGUCCCUGCUCGACGUGGAGCAGCAGGCGGCGCUUAUGGAGGUGAUGCGCCAGGCCGAUCUGCCUGCCGAGGUAACCGCUUGAAUUGUACGGCCGAGUCUGCCGUGAAUACUUGUUGCGGACGCUCAGUGUUCUUUUCAUCGUAACGCCUGCUCUUCUUGUUUCCAAUACCAUUCUGUAAUGCAUCACCCGAGAAUCAUGUUUGCUCUGUUAUUGUUUCUAUAUUCUGUUAUACGUUUUUACUUUAUACAAGUUCGCG